CUCCGAGUGCUCUUCGCCGCGGGAGGCACGGGCGGACACGUCUUCCCCGCGAUCGCCAUCGCCGACGAGCUCACGAGACUCGCGCGCGAGGGCGGCUUACCUCCGCCGUUCGCGCGCGUCCGGUGCGACUUCGCGGGGACGUCCACGCGGCGCGAGUCCACCGCGGUCCCGAGCGCGGGGUACUCGCUCAGCGUCGUCCCCGUCGCGGAGCUCGCGCGGCCGUGGGCGUCGUCGCCUACGAAUCUGACGCUUCCGUUUCGGCUCGCCGCCGCGACGCGCGCGGCGAUGUCGCUCGUGGAUAAACUGAGGCCGCACGUCGUCGUCGGCACGGGGGGGUACGUCUCGCUGCCCACGUGCGUCGCCGCGGUGUUGAAGCGCGUGCCGCUGGUGAUACAGGAGCAGAACGCGGUCCCGGGGGUGGCGAACGCGAUCUUAGCGCGCGCGGCGACGACGCGGUGCGCGGCGUUCGCGAGCGCGGCGGACGCGUUAGGGGGGAAGUGCGUCGUUCGGGGGAAUCCGACGCGGGCGUCGUUGCGGGUGAUGACGAAAACGGUCGCGCGGGAGCGGUUACAACGACCCGGCGACGAAAACGAAAAGGUACUCGUCGUCCUCGGCGGCUCGCUCGGCGCCGCCGCGGUGAACGACGCGAUCGCCGCCGCCGCGCCCGCGCUCCUCGCGUCGUUCCCGAACCUCCGCAUCCUGUGGCAGUGCGGCGAGAAAGCGCUCGCGGGGACGCGCGAGAAACACGCCGAAGUAACGUCCCACCCUCGGGUGUUACUGACGCCGUUCGUGCGCGACGUCGACGUCGCGUACGCGGCGGCGGAUCUCGUCGUCGCGCGCGCGGGCGCGGUCACGUGCGCGGAGCUCCUCGCGACGCGGACGCCGAGCGUUUUAAUUCCCUCGCCGAACGUCGCGGAGGAUCAUCAGACGGCGAACGCGGUGGAGAUGGAAGCGAACGGCGCCGCGACGGUCGUCAGGGAGGCGGAGUUGCGAGAGGGAUGGAUCGAAUUCGCGGCGGCGACGAAGGCGCUGCUGGUGGACGACGAGCGGCUGGGGAGGAUGCGCGAGGCGGCGGGGAGGGCGGACACGCCGGACGCGGCGCGGCGGAUCGCGUUCGACGUGAUUCACGCCGCGAAGAAGAAGAAGAAG